AUGAACAUUCAGAACCUCUCCAGCUACGACCCCUUCGCGGACACUGGCGAAGAUCAGUUCGCAGCCUCUGAUGAGCAGGAGAACAACAAGCAGGCCAAGGCCCAGGAGCGAUACGUCCACAUCCGCAUUCAGCAGCGUAACGGCAGGAAGACUUUGACGACGCUCCAAGGUUUGCCCAAAGAGUUCGACCUCAAGAAACUGCUCAAGGCCUUCAAGAAGGACUUUGCCUGCAACGGUACCCUCGUCGACGACGAAGAGCUGGGUCAGGUCAUCCAACUUCAGGGUGACCAGCGUCAGAAGAUCGCCUCGUUCCUCAUCGAGGAAGGUAUCCCAAAGGCCGAGCUUCGUGUGCACGGCUUCUAAAGGAGAGCAGUAGCAAGACGAGCAGCAGUCGCAGUGGUAUCGGCACCAUGUCUUCGUGGUCGACGUGGGACGACGAAGACGUUCCUCACUUUUCUACGAGCGUGGCCAUUCCCACAAGCAGCGAGCAAGGCGACGAAUCAUUGCCAUCUCCUCAACAACUUCUUACUCUGUCUUCACUCUCGCGCCGUAGGAGGUGUGGCUUGGCAGAUCACAAAGGCAUGGCGACGUGCUGGUCGAGGAGGAAGCGCAGGGUGGACUCGUGCUCGUGCACACUUCCGUGCGACAUCCCCUUGUUCCUCCCCCUCUAAUGUAUCUCUCGUUGGUAUCCGUCGAUGCAUCUGUCCUAAUACCACCUUCAUAGCGUCAGAGAUGUGGAGAGAUGUGCCGUGGGUGGCAAGAGGCUUUCUGUGAGACGAUGCGACAGGCUGUCCGCGGCGCUCGUCCCCACUAUGCUAUGAUGAUGAUGGGGACGCUCUUUGCUCGCCCUCUCG